GCGGCGGCGGCUCGCGCAGCUUGUUGGCUCGCUAUAUAAAGGGGAGAAGCAGGCGGACCGGACGGCUGGAGCUGCAGCCGGUGGCGGCAGCGGCGGCGCGGGGAGCGGCGACCGGUGGUGGUUUCCCUCCUUGCCGCGGGGUGGGGAGCGGGCAACGCCCCCCGGACCCCUGAAGGGUCGUGGUUUUUUUUAAAGGCGAUUCUCGAGGUUUUUAGCCCCGGAGGAGUACCCCCCUCCUCCUAGUCUCACCGCUACCCUUACUCCUUCGGGAUCGAUUUUGUUUUAAAUUUUUGCCCCAGUCUUGCGGUGGCUUGGGUCACCCUCCAGGUCUUGGUUUCUUUUUUUUUUUUUUUUUUUUCUUUCGGUUUUGUUUUCAUCUUUUCUCGGGGUUGCCCCCCUCUUGUUUGUGUUGUGUGUGGAAAUGGCGAACUCGGCAAAUACAAACACCGUGCCUAAAUUAUAUAGAUCUGUGAUUGAAGAUGUUAUUAAUGAUGUGAGAGACAUCUUUCUGGAUGAUGGAGUGGAUGAACAAGUCCUGAUGGAACUAAAAACUUUAUGGGAGAAUAAACUAAUGCAGUCUAGGGCAGUAGAUGGAUUUCAUUCAGAAGAGCAACAGCUUUUAUUGCAAGUUCAACAGCAACAUCAACCCCAGCAGCAGCAACACCAUCACCACCACCACCAUCAGCAAGCUCAACCUCAGCAGACAGUACCUCAGCAAGCACAGACCCAGCAGGUCCUUAUUCCUGCAUCACAGCAAGCCACAGCACCACAAGUUAUUGUUCCCGAUUCAAAGCUUAUACAACAUAUGAAUGCAUCAAACAUGAGUGCUGCUGCUACAGCUGCUACCUUGGCACUGCCUGCAGGUGUGACUCCUGUUCAACAGAUAUUAACAAAUUCAGGCCAGCUUCUUCAGGUGGUCAGAGCAGCCAAUGGUGCCCAGUAUAUCUUUCAGCCUCAGCAGUCAGUGGUUCUACAACAGCAGGUUAUACCGCAAAUGCAACCUGGUGGAGUACAAGCUCCUGUUAUACAACAGGUUCUUGCCCCUCUUCCUGGAGGGAUUUCACCACAGACUGGUGUUAUCAUCCAGCCUCAGCAGAUCUUAUUUACAGGAAAUAAGACUCAAGUUAUACCUACAACAGUGGCAGCACCCACACCAGCACAAGCACAGAUAACUGCAGCUGGCCAGCAGCAACCACAGGCCCAGCCUGCUCAACAGCAAGCUCCAUUGGUAUUACAAGUUGAUGGAACUGGGGAUACGUCAUCUGAAGAAGAUGAAGACGAGGAAGAAGACUAUGAUGAUGAUGAAGAGGAGGAUAAAGAGAAAGAUGGAGCUGAAGAUGGGCAGGUGGAAGAAGAGCCCCUCAAUAGUGAAGAUGAUGUGAGUGAUGAGGAAGGACAGGAACUCUUUGACACAGAAAAUGUUGUUGUAUGCCAAUAUGAUAAGAUACACAGAAGUAAAAACAAAUGGAAAUUUCAUCUCAAGGAUGGCAUUAUGAAUCUUAAUGGAAGAGAUUAUAUAUUUUCCAAAGCCAUUGGUGAUGCAGAAUGGUGAAGAGUUGCUUCUUUCUUUUAUAAAUAAAAGAAACUUUAAAAAAAAAUUUAAAGUGGACGGUUUGAAACUUGGGACAAACACCAACCAAAACUUCACUUCUGCAUGUCAGAAAAGUGCAGUAGAAGCAAAGCUACUGGAACAAAGAUAGACCUUGACAACAUAGACACUACUUCUAACUGGCAAGCCAUGGAACUGUAGCACCUGGGGUUGUUGGGGUGGGGGUUGGGGUUUUGUGUAGGAAAACCAUAAUUGUCAAUUUUAAAUACAGGAACUUGCCACUGGUAAUUAGCAUGUAAAGCUUUGUCUAUAUUCCUUCCUCCAAUUUGGGCUCAAUCAGAAGAUUCUUGUUGGAAUGAACUGAAGAAACUUCCCUUUUGAUAGAUUGAACUGAAACUGCUUAUUGUAUGUGGUUAUAUUUGGUAAAAAUUGCGUGUGAGCUUUUUACAAAAGGGUAAGAAUUAUGGUGUUGAAUUUUAAUUCACUUGUAUAAGAGAACAAUUUAAAACUCUCAUAAUAGGUCUUAAAUAUUUUUACUUGUUAUUCUCCCUCAGUAAUAUAUAACUCUUCCUUCCCUGCUUUAUGAAACAUCUAAGAUACAAAGGAAGUAAUCAGUAAUCACAGUUUGGAGACAAAAUUGACCCAGGAAUGGAUAUUUAUUUUAAUUAGGUUUUCAUACUUAUUAAAUGUAUUUAAAGACUUGGGUCUUAUCUGAAUUGAAAUGACAACUUCAAUUUCCUUACAGAAAAACUAACACUUUAAAAAGAAAUUCCAAAUUGGCUCCUCAGGAACACAUUUUUAUUUCACAAAGGUACCAUCUAGCUAAAAUUGUAUAUAUGUGGGUAUAUGAAGAUUUUUCUUGUUGGGCUGAAGUGUGUGCUUAUAAAUGCGUUUAGUCUUUAAGGUAAACAUUCAGAUAACAUUCUGUAUAUUGAAUGAAACAUAAAGGGCAGGUGGUGAGGACCUGGAUUUUUAUUAAACAUUUUAGUAAUUAUAAAAGUUUCUUGUGUUUACUAGUAAAGAAUUUAAAAACCUAUUAUUUUAUUUGAACAAAUUUUUUAAAAGCAACUUUGUAAUUUGAGGGGGAAAUUGGGGGGGGUGUUGAGGGAGGUGGGCAACUAAUAAGUACAUAUUUACCUCUCUUGCAUUGGUUGGCCUAGAAGGGCCAUUGAUAAUAUAGACUUGGGCUCCAGUUUGCACAUUGGAAAGAAAGCGUAGAAUUUGACUUGUAUAUUAAAAAUAAUAGAACUUUAAUAUGUAUAUUAAGAAUGCAUAGCUCUGUAUCUCUGUUAGGGGCUCUAAAGAACAAUAUGGCACUGCCAUCUGUGUGAAUCAGCUGCCUGGGAGACCUGCAGGAAUAUUCACCUUCACUUUUGUGUUCUAAUAAUUCAACUUUUCAUGGUUUUUCUUGACAAAAUUCACGUGUUUAAGUUACUGGUAUAUUGAUUUUGUUGUUGUUGUCUUCCUUUGUCGUCUUCCUUUCAUUUGCCUUUGUCUUCAGAAGUAACAGAUGAAUACUUUAAAGUACUUUACAAAGGAGAAAACUGUGAGCUAUUAUAGUGUUUAUUUUUUUUUUAAACAUAUCUUUAAAUUUCUCAAAAAGGUUAACUUUUUUUUUUUUUUUUUUUGCAUACUUCUCACCCCGCUUCCAACUUGGUCUCAUUUAACUUGUGUUCUGAAAUUUGGUAUAAAUGGUGAUGUCUAGCAUGCUAGUAGUUAGGUUUUAUUUAGAUGCCAUGACUGGUAAUAGUGUUUGUAUUUUGACCAUUAAUUUAGCUUUUUGAGGGGAAAUUUGUUUACCCCACAACUCUCAAAGCACACACAGGUUUUUUAUUUUAUUUUAUUUUUAAUUAUUAAGACUAGAAGGGAGGGAGUAAAAUCACAGAAGUCCUGUUCAGUUAUCCUUUUCAGUAUAGUUACUAGUAGGCUUAUGUUUACUUAAUGAAGAAGUCAACGACCUGAACUACCUAUAAAAGUUUAGCAGUGCUGCAGUGUUGCUUUACGUUAAACUCUUUGACUUAUCUAGUAGUCCUUACACUACUGAAACUUUGAUUACUAUAUGAUGUUCAGCUCAUGCCUUGGGCCCUCUGUUGACAAACAUUCAUAUUCAUAGUAGUAUUGUAUACUGGCCUAUUUUUAUAACUAUAUUUGCAAACAUGAACAACCACUGCUUUCAGAGUGACUCACUAGGGUUAUUUUGAAGCAGGAAAUAACCAUUUGUAUUUGCACCUGUGUAUUGCAUAUGAAUUAUGACAUACUUGGAAAAUGCUUUUCUUUUACCUGUGAAAAUUCUGAAAGCUGGUCCAAACAACACUGCAUACCAAAUUGUGCUCUUAUGUAUUAUUGCAUCAUAUUCCUUUUUAAUUAAAAUAGCUUGCUUUAUUUUUUAUUAUAGUGGCUUUUUUCCAUAUGAAUGUCACUUGCUUUGAAAUUUUAAUCAUGCUUUUAACAUAUUUAACCAAUCAUUUCAUUAGGUUCCAUUAAAAUGUCAUUCCUUUGAACAGGCAAGGGAUUCCCACUUUCAGAAUUUUAAAAUGAAAGCAUGUUUAUCCAAAGGGGAAAAAUCGAUCAGACUUUCAUAAUAACCAUUGCUUAUUCACAAGAGAAUUUGUUUAGAUUUGCACAGAUGGUGAUGAUGGCACCUUUUACUCAAGAACAAAAGUAAUAGUGCUAAGGAAAAUUUACACAAAAUCACUGAAGUGUGGAAAUAUGCCUUUCAGCAUAUGAGCUCUUGUUGGGUGGUCGUUUGUAUGAUCUGGCUACUUGAAUGCCUGAUAGCACAUUUAAUUUCUGUAGAGCACCGCAUGUGGCUAAAACAACUCUUCAAUGUGCAAUUCAUUUCUAGAGUAACAUAUCUGUUAUAUGAGGGGGAAUCUUUAUAUAAGCUUUUAUAUUUUUUGAGAUGUUCACAUUUCUGUUAAUUAAAUGUCAUCAUAAUUUGCACUGUUGGCUUUUUAAAAAUCAAAGCCACUCAUGUUCUAUGAUUGCAACAAGAGUUGAGCAUUGUGUCUAGUGAUGAAAAUGUGUUCUUGAUAAGCAAAAUAGAUCCUGGUUUUAGAAAAUAUGAAAAUAUAAUAGCUUUUGUAUAAAGGUUUUCUUUUGCUAUAGUGAAAGUCAAGGAUUUUUUUCCUUGCUCUUAUGGAGAAGUAAAAAGAAUUGUCUCCCUCUAAGAGUAAUUUUUUUAUUAUCAUAGCAAUAAUUCACUAUUAUUAUUAGGGGGUAAAUAUGCCUUGUAUAGGAAAACACAAUCUCUUCUUGGGAGUUCCCUUUAUAACUUUAGCUUUUUCUUUCACUUGAGAAAAUUCCUAUAUUUCAGAUUAUUUCACCUUGAGCUUUUUUGAGCUUUUGUGCAAUGUAAUAUUUUAUUGAUCUGUCUUUGUACAUUUUCAUUUCAUAAUGUCUGUCUCCCACCUAUCUGUCUGAAUCAGCUAUAGCAAAUUUUGAAUUUGUUGGUUAAAAAGUAGUUUUAUAUGUUUCCUCAUGGGUUUGUGUUAGUUUUGCAUUUUAAUGUUCUAUUUUGCUAAAUUACUCUGAAGUUUAUACUCUUCCCUUUUGAAUCCUGCCUUAGUGUACCGUUAUUUUUCUGUGGUUUAAGAAGAACACAUCAAACUAUUUUUUUUUUUAUUUUGACGAACAAGCUAUGUUCCUUCUCUUCUAGAGGAAGAAUUAUAUUGUGUUACUAACUACUCUUUCCUUCAGUCAGAUUUCCUUAAAUCAGUCCAGUAUACACAGGGCUACAACUUGGGGGUAGGAGCUAAUCUUUUUGCUGUUCUGAGCUACUAUUGUCAACUGCUGUUGUACAUACUGUUAUGUGUAAGGGCGUAAAUAUAUUUAUUAUGUUUGUAAAAUUCAUUCUGUACAAUUGCAGAUCAAGGUUGCUCUUCUGUGAUAUAUGGGAUAUUAUGUUUUAAAGACCAUCUUGGAAUACAAUUAGAGAACUUAGUAUUUUCAUGUACUAAGACCUAUUUUAAGUUUAAUAUUUUACCUUUGCAAAAACUUUAAUUAAAGAUGUUAUUUAAAAAAGUAAUGUUGCUUGCUUUGCUUCCUAGUCUAUGACAUUGUUAUAUAGAUUACUGAAUGCAAUUAUACAGAUUAAAAAGGAAAAUGCUUUACCUUGUUAAUGAGGAUAAGUUUAACAAAAAUAAGGGUGUCAUGAAAUUCUGCACCUUUAAGAUAAGUUGGUUUGGAUGUCAGUCUGGAUUAUUAAACUACUACAAAUUCUUAAUAGCUUUUUUAAAGUUGUAUUUUCCAGGCACACAGGAAUUUAGGUUGGACUCACUUCCCACCAACUAAAUGUAACUUUAAUAUUAUUAACAUUGUAUUAAAUGAGUGUUUCUACUCCAAAUCAUAAAUUACCUAGGAUAAAAUUAUUUAAAGACACUAUUGUUCUCCUAUUUCUUUGUCUAACCAAAUCUUUUUCUCUUAGUUCAGAGUUUGUAAAUAUUGCUUAUUAGGAAAAUUGGAUUAUUGAGGUUUGUAUUACAUAUUGAAUAUAUUUUGUGUUAUUUUAGAUGGUAUUAAAUAAUUAGCAGGUAUUUUCAUUUUAUAGCUAAUUCAAAUGAAUCAUUAAGAGCUUGCCUUUUUGUAAUUUUUUUAUCCUGUUACAGACUACUUUAUCUAGGAAACAUGCAAAUUUUAACUAUUAAAAUCAUAAUAAAGAUAUUUUAUUUAUUGCAAGCAAA